AUGUUGAAACGUAGAUCUACUUUUAUUCUGUCGGUUUGCUCUUUGUUUCAUAAUUUUACAUUUAUUUUUAUUUUCCUGCUUUUCUUCUUUGUCUUUACUCUUUUCUUUAUUUUUCAUCGAUUUUCUGUUUUCUCUUCCUGCUCACUUUUUCUUUUAUUUCAUUUCCUUCUUUCUUUUUCUUAUUGUUACUCCCUACCUUAUUCAUUUUCCUAUUCUUGUCUUCUUUUUUCUUUAUUUAUUAUUCCGUCUUUAAUUUUAUUUAUCAUUCUUUUGUUUGUAUUUCUCUUGCCUUUCUUUAUUUCUAUUUUAAGCUCCAUUUUCUUUAUUUUUUUUCUUUUCUUCAUUCUCUUGGUACGCCCCUUUCUAAUCCACCUCUCUCUUUUUGUUUUUCGAGAUUAUUUUGUUUUUACAGAUUUUAUUCCAUAUCAAAAUAUCUAUUUUUCUUCCAUUGUUUUUAAAUUGUUCUCUUUUGUUUUUCUUUUUCUUCUUCUUGCCAUCAGUUCAAAAUCAAGAUUAAGCAAACUUUUAUAUGACGUGACGUGA